AAUUUAGGCAGUCAUGAAGUACAGCAAGCACGUGGCCAGUAGUCUUUGCUGUGCUUUUUUGUGUGAGGCGAGCAGGAGUCUGUGUGUGUGUGUUUGUUUGGGGAAGUGCCUGUGAAGCAGUACAGAUUGCUCUCUGCAUCCUGUUGUGCAACGGCGCGUGUGCUGUUGUGUGUACGUGUUGUGUGUCUGCGAGCCGUGUUUGCAGUCAGACCGAGUUCAAGUAUGAAGAGAGGCAAGAAGGCAGAAGAGGCUUCUGCAGAUGCGGAAAACGAUUCAGGCUCUGCUUCUGCAAAGAAAGCAAAGAAGCAAAAGGAACCAGAAGCUCCAAUACUGUAUGAUGAUCCUCCCGACAAAAUGACCAGCAAAGAUGGACGCAAUGCCAACUUGAAGAUCACCUCAUGGAAUGUGGAUGGGCUGAGGGCCUGGGUGAAAAAGAACGGCCUGGACUGGGUGCGUGAGGAGGAUCCAGAUGUUUUAUGUCUGCAGGAGACAAAGUGCGCAGAGAAAUCCCUCCCUGCUGAUAUCACCUCAAUGCCUGAGUACCCUUACAAGUACUGGGCGGGGUCAGAUGAAAAGGGGGGUUACAGUGGUGUGGCCAUGCUCUGCAAGACUGAACCCGUCAAAGUCACCUAUGGCAUUGGCAAAGAAGAACAUGACAAGGAGGGCCGCGUCAUCACUGCCGAGUUCCCUAACUUUUACCUGGUGACCACCUAUGUGCCAAAUGCCAGCAAAGGCCUUGUGCGCCUGGAUUACCGCAAAACCUGGGAUGUGGACUUCCGGGGGUACCUGAGCGAGCUGGAUAUGCAAAAGCCCGUGGUGCUGUGUGGUGACCUUAACGUUGCACACCAGGAGAUCGACCUGAAGAAUCCCAAGGGGAACAAGAAAAACCCAGGCUUCACCCCUGAGGAGCGCGAAGGCUUCAGCAAGCUGCUGGAGGCUGGUUUCGUCGACAGUUUCCGCGAGCUCUACCCCGAGCAGACCCACGCCUACUCCUUCUGGACCUACAUGAUGAAUGCCCGCGAAAAGAAUGUGGGCUGGAGGCUCGAUUACUUUGUGCUGUCUAACAGUCUGUUGCCAGGGUUGUGCGACAGCAAGAUCCGCAACAAGGUGAAGGGAAGCGACCACUGCCCCAUCACUCUACACAUAGCCAUGUAGGUCACAGCCUGGUCGACAGGGCUACUGCUUUGCAAAGCCUUCGCUGUUUUCUUAGUACCUCUGCUCCAACUUGGCUGAAACUACUGUAUAUGUGUGCUCUUUUAGAGUGAGACAUUGCCUACUUUGGUGGCAAAGUCUUAACGUUUCUCGAUCUUUCUCAUGGAUGAAGCGCUGACCAAACUCACUCUUUCAGUAGGUUCAGCAGUAGUUUAGUUGUGUAGUCUUUUCUGUUUUCACAUGAAACUUUCAUAAAAUGACUCCACAAAAUGAUUCACAAUGCCGAUUUGUCGUCGUCAUGUAAUUAGUUUGUCAGUAAACCCUGUGAUGUACACCUAAAUUCUGUAAAGAUUCAACACUAAAUACUCAAAAGAUGUCUAAGCUGAUUUUCAACUGACCUGUGACUGACUGCUUAACUGUCACAGCGUAGCUCCUUAUUUACUACUACUACUGACCUGAGACACAGGUUUCUAUGCCACAGAACCUGGUUACAGCAAUGUUUGUGUUAAUGACUGAAAUGAAACCACAGCUGUCAAGAGCAAAUGUAUCUUGUUCAAGCACGAAAAUGUUUUAAGCUUCUGUUCCAGACCAGUGUUAAAUCUUUUGUUAUAAAACAUUCCCACAAUAAAGACUGGAUUUAUGUAAAA